CACACCAGGUACCGUUGAAACUGUUUCUUCCUUUACUUUGAAGGAGAAUUUGCGUGGCUUACGUUCUUUUGACGCGUGCCUAUCCGUGUAGCGAGGAUGGCUCCUAGAUACGAAUUGGCCGUUGGUCUAAACAAGGGCCACAAGACAACUAAGAUUCGAGUUGCUAAAAAAAAAUCUGAGAAGAGGAAAACUGUUUGUCUUCGACCAUCCAGAUUAAAAGGGAUUAACACUAAACAUAAUAAGUUUGUGCGUGACUUGAUUCGUGAGGUCACAGGUCAUGCUCCUUAUGAGAAACGAGCUAUGGAGUUGCUUAAAGUGUCAAAGGAUAAGCGUGCUCUGAAAUUUUUGAAAAGAAGGCUGGGUACACAUAUUCGCGCCAAAAGGAAGCGAGAAGAACUUGGCAACAUUCUAGUACAGAUGAGGAAAGCAGCUCAUCAUUAAAAUUUUUUCAUUAUUUUCUUAAAGUUAUAAAACCUUGUGAAACUUAAAUAAAUAACUGAAAAACUUA